AUGGCUGCUCCGAGUGCGGAUGACUCCUUCGACUACUUCGGCUCAGAGGACAGCGCGUUCUUGCAAGAACUCCGAGUCGCCGAAUUACCGGGCGAUGCCCCUACCCGCGAUACCUCCAAACCUCUACUCCUUCGGCCCACGUCAGACUCAUAUACGAGAGAUGUAACAUGGGAUGGUCCUCCUCUUGCCCAACCUAGUAAACGGCGCCGUCCCUCGGAUACCCCUCUCCAAUCCCCCUCUCACGACCCUCCGCCCGCGAAACGGCCACGGCACUUCAAUAUAUCUAUAUUUGAUGACAUAUCGAGCGAUUUAGACUCUGAUGACUCCUCUCCCACACGACCUCAAAUCAAGGCCAAACCCAUAUCCGCUCACCCACGGCCACAAGCUACGAGCUCGAAAAACGACAAGCUCUCAGGCAAAGAUACUCGCCAACCCGCUACCUUCGGUCGACUACAGACUAACGACGAUGAAUAUCUUGGAGAAGAAAUAUACGGCGCGGCUCAUUUCGGCGAGUUUGGCGAGUAUAUGCGGCGCAAACGAGCCAAGCUCCAGAUUCAAAACACCGAGCUGGAAGAGGGUAGUGGGCGAAGCCAAAUAUUCAAGGACCUCUCUAUCUAUAUCAAUGGACAUACGAAACCUUCAAUACAAGACUUGCGCAAGCUCAUUGUCGAUCACGGCGGUGUCUUUCAACCCUACUUGGACAAGAAAGUAUUAGUAACGCACAUCGUCACCUGUUCGCUUACGCCUGCGAAGGUCCGCGAGUUUCAGCUCAUGAAGGUCGUCCGACCAGAGUGGCUCGUAGAUAGCGUGCAGAAGGGCUUCCUACUCAACUGGCGCGAUUACAUCUUCCAAUCCGGCGGGCGAGUCGAAGGGUUUGCUCAGGGGCGCAAUGUACAGUCGUCAAUGCACGGGUUCGCUCCGCAACCAGCACGAGCGUCUGCGCGCACAGGUGUCGCCGGUCCGUCCAAGGUUCAAAACACCCUGUACGGCGUCCAAACCACCAGAGCUUCAACAUCAAGACACCCUUACGGGGCUUCCAAGCGUGCUCGGGAUCCUUCUCCUGAUGCUGAUUACGGAUACGACGAAUCGUGGGCUGGCGGCGAUGGCGACGACUGGGAGCGCAGCUUCGACGCGGACGAUGCACCGAUGGCGCCCAUUCCGCGGCGGCCUUUCCCUCGUAUUCCUGUAUUGGGUGUCAAGCCUGGUCCCUCCACUCGCACGAAGGAACCCCCUGUAUAUGCCAAAGGGCCUAACGAGCACGCGGCUCGCGCGAUGCAAGACCCGGCCUGGCGGGCUGCUCACACCUCCGUGGCACCAGGCUUCAUCGAGGGAUACUAUCGCAACUCACGCCUCCAUUAUCUGUCCACAUGGAAGGCUGAGCUACGCGCGCUCGUUGCCGAUGCGCAGGACCGCGCCGAGAGGGGGGACGUCCCUGGCGCUGAUGCUCGCAAGGCCUCACAAGGACUCUCGAUGCGAGGCGCGAAGUUUACGUCGCCCAAGGGGAAGGGCAAAGCACGCGAAGGUAACCAGCGCGUGAUCAUGCACGUUGACUUCGACGCCUUCUUUGUCAGCGUUGGACUUCUGAAUCGGCCGGAGAUGAGAGGAAAGCCUGUCGUCGUGUGCCAUUCGCAGGGAGGUGGCGGUGGCGCGAGUAGUACAAGUGAGAUUGCCAGUGCUAGCUACGAAGCUCGUAAGUUUGGGAUCAAGAACGGCAUGAGUUUGCAGCAAGCGCGGAAGCUUUGUCCUCAUAUUGCUACGAUACCAUACGAAUUCGAGAAGUACAAGAAGCUCUCCUUGAAGUUCUACACCAUCUUGAUGUCGGUCGCGGACGACCUACAAGCCGUUUCGGUUGACGAGGCAUUGAUCGAUGUCACUUCGGCUGUCGAGCAAAUGGCUUCAUCAAAUCCUGCGAAGGACUUCGCUGAAUCUAUCCGGGAGCAAGUGAAGGAAACGACGGGGUGUACUGUGAGCAUCGGGAUCUCGCACAACAUCAUGAUGGCUCGUCUUGCUACACGCAAGGCAAAGCCGGCCGGCUCCUUUCAUCUGACUAAAGACGAGAUUCCUACGCUCGUGGCGACGCUCGACAUCAAGGAUCUGCACGGUUUCGGUUCGGCGGCUUGUGACAAGGCGAAAGAAAGGCUCGGUUCGACGAACCUGGGAGAGCUCGCAAUGCGCAGCAAGAGUGCUUUGUGCGAUGCUCUCGGCAAGGGUACAGGAGAGACGCUCUGGAAAGCCAUCCGCGGCAUCGACGACCGGAAGCUCGAAAGUGAUAAGCCUCGCAAGUCCGUCUCCUGUGAGAUCAACUACGGGAUACGCUUCGAGAAUGAAGAGCAGGCAGAGCGCUUCAUUCAUCAGAUGGCGGAAGAGGUUACUCGACGCAUGAAGGCUAUCGACAAGAAGGGCAGAGCAUUGACGCUCAAAGUAAUGCAACGCGACCCGGAGGCUCCUGUGGAAGCACCAAAGUUCAUGGGGCACGGAAUCUGUAUUACUCAUAAUAGACAGUCGCCGCUUUCCGGACCUCUAGGUCGUGCAACGGACGACCCUGCAAUCAUCGGAACCCUGGCGUGGAGGCUCUUAAAGUCCGUGAGAGUUGCUCCACAAGAACUUCGCGGCAUCGGUAUCCAGAUUCAAAAGCUCGAGGACGAUACCGUUGUUAUCCCACGAGGACAGGGUCAAAUACAGUUCCAAGCCAAAGACACGACCGUGCCCGCAAAUCACGGACGUCUCAAUGAUGCCUUGGUCGCUGAACCGGAUACACUGCCUACCCCUGCUGCAGCACAGGCUCCUCCGGCUCUUGAUUUGCCCACCCUAUCGCAACUGGAUCAGUCUGUCUACAACGCGCUCCCCGACGACAUUCGUGCUGAGCUCUCUUUGGAAUACAAGCGCCGGUCUGUAACCCCCGCCGCCGGACCGGCCGCAGCCGGCGAGUAUGUGGCGGGUCCUUCCAACGUUAACGUUGGCCUGGACGGUCCGAACCCCAACCUGGCGCGCAUCGCGCGAGCGCUAGCACCGCAGGGAAAACCGAAUGUUCCCGUGCAAAGACAUUUAUAUAAACUCUUCGCUCGACCCGCUCCGAAGAUCAGGAUCCCUCCUCCGCGCGUCGACGAAGCGGAACUGAUCGCGCUCGGUUUCGACCCCGUUGUCUUCGCUGAACUUCCGGUUAAGUUUCAACGUGAUGUGCUCGCAGAAGCCCGUGGUAAUGCCUUAAGGCUGUCGCAGCGUCCAGCCGAGGCCGUGAAGCCGUUGAAGGCACCGAAGAAGCUCGGCGAGAGGUUCAGAUAUGUUGAUCCGUUCAACGAGAUCAUUCCGCCGCCACCACCUCCGUUCGCCGUUCACGUCGUAUUGCCGACGCUACGCAAACCCAAGAAGAACGCCAAACAAGUUCAGGAAGACGCGCAAGCGCUUCUCGGCCAGUGGUUCAGCGGCUUCCAGGUGCACGUCCCGCACAGACGCGAUGUUGGACACUUUGCGAAGUACCUCGCGCUCUGCGUAGAGAGCGAUCUCGGCAUUGAACAAGCCACGGCGCUCAUGCGCUGGUGGGGCGUGCUUUUGCGCAGAUCUUUCGGAAUGUGGGAACACAUGGAACGCGACGAAGAGGUUCUGGAGGUGCUGGAGGAAUGGGUAGCGGGUAAAGUCACCUUCGCGGACAUCCGUCCUAGUGAAGAGUUGAUGGGUUGCACUUGGUGGAAGGCGUUCGAUGAGAUCAAGUGCAAGAUGAACGAGGUUGCGCGCAAGCGUUUCGGUGGAUCGCUCUCGUAUAGAUGA